AGGCAUCCAAGUCUUUGAGCAACUCCCAUUGUUCAUAAGAAAAGAAAGAGCAAUCCAAUUAGCAGAGAAUGACAUCCCAAACCAAAAUUGAUCUCGACCGAACCAAAGUGAUGAAGGAAUUCGACACAAAAGCCGGUGUUAAGGGACUCGUCGACGCCGGAAUACUUAACAUCCCCGAGAUUUUCGUUCGACCAGCGGAGGACCUUGCCACCGAGGGACUGAAUUCCGGCAGGAGAAACAUCGAUGUUCCGAUCAUUGAUCUAAGCAAUAUCGGAGACGGUAACCUGCAUAGGUCGAUCGUGAACGAGGUGAGGAUUGCAUCAGGGGAAUGGGGUUUCUUCCAAGUGAUAAACCAUGGGAUCCCGUUAAGUGUUUUGGAUGAAAUGAUCGAAGGGAUACGUUUGUUUAAUGAGCAAGACUUGGAGUUAAAAAAGGAAAUGCAUGGCCAUGAAGGUGCAAAACAUGUUCAAUUCACCUCUUUUGAUCUUCAUAAUUCACAAACUGCUGAUUGGAGAGACACAUUGACAUUGAGGCUUGCACACCUCGAAUCCGAUCCCGAUCCUUCGGAAUUGCCGUCGGUCUGCAGACGAUCUACGAUCGAGUUUAUUAAGCAUAUGAAAAGAUUGGCGGAGACUUUGUUCAAGUUGCUAUCGGAGGCCCUCGGUCUCCGACCGGAUCACCUUGGUUCGAUCGGAUGCUGUAAAGGGUGUAGCAUAGUGUCCCAUUACUAUCCACCUUGCCCUCAGCCUGAACUCGCUUUGGGGAUAAGGAAACAUUCAGAUGCAGGCAUACUGACCCUGCUUCUGCAGAACCAUAUCGGCGGGCUCCAAGUCCUUCGUGACGAUCAGUGGUUUGACGUUCACCCCGUUCGAGGCGGCUUGGUCGUAAACAUCGGCGACCUUCUUCAGAUUUUAUCAAAUGAUGAGUUCAGGAGUGUGAAACAUAGAGUGACUGCCAACCACGUCGGACCGAGAAUCUCGGCGGCGUGCUUUUUCUCGGGCGAUGCCAGCCUGCUCGACGAGACAUUCGGACCAAUCAAAGAGCUGAUAUCGGAGACGAAUCAUCCUCGGUACAAAGAGUUAUUGCUGAAGGAAUAUCUUGCCAAGGCUGUAUCCAACCCACUUGGUGACAAGCCUCCUAUGGAUUACUACAAGCUGUGAAGCUAAAACUAUCAAAAUUAAGGCAAAUGUGUUGAGGAUAAACCCUAAAGCAUUUCAGCGUUUGUGCCGAACUGAAUAAAACAGAGUGUCCUGUUUUAAUUUGUAAUAGAAGGAUGUUAAACUAUAAUAUGAAUAAAGACAGACAUGUUACUUGUCCA